UUGCCGGUGAAAGCUUGGUCGUGCAGCGGGUGCCAUUUGGCGCAGUAUUGAGCCACAUCCGUUAUCAAAGAGCGUCCAGUAAUUUAUUUAUCGUCGUAUUUGUUAAUUUUAUUAAUACGUUUGUCGUCAGAAAUUCACAAUGAGCUCAAUUAACGUUAAAAAGCUGAAAGUCAACGAGUUGAAGGACGAGCUGAAAAAGCGUAAUCUUUCGGACAAGGGGCUGAAGGCCGAGCUGAUGGACCGCCUGCAGGCCGCGCUGGACGAGGAGGCCUUUGCCGGAGACUCCCCGCUGGACCAAGAAGUUUCGGCGGCCGAGAGUUUCGGUCAGGCCACCGACCAGGAAGGUAUGGCGGAGGAAGAAGAGGGCGACGGCCCGAUAGAAGAAAGCAUGGAGGCCAACGAGGAGGAGGAGGAAGAAGAGCCGGAAAAUGGGGGCAACGGCGAUGGCGUUGCCGAGGACGAAGAAAUGGGUGAAGGGGAAGAGGACGGGGACGAAGACGAUGAGAUGGAUCCCAUGCUCAAGGGAGAUGUGGACGACAUGGAGAAAAUAGACACAGAGGAUGGUGAGCCCGGGGACCAGGUUGCAGAGGGGGAUGCGGACAAAGACACGAAUGCUGAUCAGAAGAAUAAGAAGGGUGUUAAGAGACGCCGGGAGGAACAUGGAAGGGGCUACUUUGAAUUUAUUGAAGAGAACAAAUACAGCUGGGCCUCAUUUAAGUCACCUGUGCCACCUCUGGAGGAAGAAGAUGAGGAGUUUGAUGACACAAAAGUUUGUCUGGAUACCUACAACUGCGACCUGCACUUUAAGGUGUCACGGGACCGUUACAGCGCCUCAUCUCUCACAAUGGAGAGUUUUGCUUACCUGUGGUCCGGAGGCAAGGCCACCUAUGGUGUGAACAAAGGCAAAGCCUGCUUUGAGAUGAAGAUUACAGAGAAAAUUCCUGUGAAGCACAUUAACAACAAGAACAUGGAUAUCCACAAUGUGCAGGUUGGAUGGUCCUUGUCUACUGGCACACUGCUCCUGGGUGAGGAGGCACAUUCUUACGCCUACUCUGGGAAAGGCAAGAAGACCACCAACUGUGUGACAGAGGACUUUGGAGAGACCUAUGAGGAGAAUGAUGUCAUCUGCUGCCUUAUUGACUUUGAGGGUGAGGAGGUGGUGAUGUCCUUCGCCAAGAAUGGUGGGGAUCCUCUUGUUGCUUUCCAAAUCAAAAAGGACACUCUGAACGGCCAGGCCCUUUUCCCCCACGUUAUCUGCCACAACUGUGCCGUGGAGUUCAACUUUGGUCAAAUGGAGACUCCAUAUUUCCCUGAGCCUCAGGGCUACACCUUCCUGCAGCAGAUCCCCGUCGGUGAGCGGGUCCAGGGCCUUAAGGGGCCACAGACCAAGGCAGACUGCGAAAUCAUUGUAAUGGUAGGUCUGCCAGGCUCAGGGAAGACCACAUGGGUGAAGAACCACGUCCAGGAGAACCCUGGGAAAUACUACAUCCUGGGCAGUGACACCAUUGUGGACAAGAUGAUGAUCAACAGCCUGAAACGCCAGUCAAAGGACAUUACAAAACUGACUGCCAUUUCCCAGCGAGCACCACUUUUCUUGGGAAAGUUCAUUGAGAUUGCCGCCCGCAAGAAGAGAAACUACAUCCUGGAUCAUACUAACCUGUCUGCCCCAGGCCAGAAGAGGAAGAUGUGUUUGUUUGCCGGCUUCCAGCGUAAGGCUGUGGUGGUCUGCCCCUCUGACGACGACUACAAGCAGAGAGUCCAGAAGAAGGUGGAGACUGAUGGCAAAGAAGUGCCUGAGCAUGCUGUCCUCAAAAUGAAAGGUUUCUUUUCUCUGCCUGAGGAGGGAGAGAGCUUCGAUGAGGUCAUCUAUGCUGAGCUGCAGAAGGAGGAGGCUGCCAAGCUUCUGGAGCAAUACAAAGAGGAAAGCAAGACCGCUCUGCCUGCUGAAAAGAAACCCAACCAGGGAAGCACAACACCAAAAAGAGGUGGCGGCCUUCGUGGUGGCGGCCGGGGAGGCAAGAACCAGUUUGGUCGGGGCGGUGGACCUGGACAGAGAGGUGGUGGCCGUGGAGGAUUCCAGAACAGAGGCGGCUUUAGAGGAGCUCCUGGUCCUCGUGGCGGCUUCAACCGUCCACCUCGUGGCUUCCUGCCUCCUCCCGCCUUCAGAGGAGGAUUCCCCAACCGUGGAAACUUCAACCGCGGUGGUGGCCCCAUUCCCAACUUGGGCGGAUCUCCCAGGGGUGGGCCAAUGAGGGGUAACAUGGGGCCCAGAGGAGGACACAUGAACAGAGGCGGUCCAAUGAACAGAGGGAACAUGAACAGAGGAGGUGGAGGCAGCAUGAGUCGUGGUGGAAACAGGGGACAUCCCAACCAGUUUCAGCAGAGAGGUGGUAACCGUGGCAACUUUGGAAACAAGAAUGGCAACUUUGGUAACAACAGGAACAGUGGAAACUUUGGCAACAGGAACGGCAUGGACAAGGCCCAGGCCUUCAACCAGAGCUGGCAGCAAGGGUUCUGGAACCAGAAGCCAUGGAGCCAGCAGUAUCAGCCUGGAUAUUACUAAGACACUUGUUCUAACGGACUGGUGGCCACGGAGACCCACCGCUUGCCACGGAACAUCCCUCCACCCUGCUGUUUGAUUUGUUUUUGUUUUUUUUUUCCUUAAGUUUUUUUUUUUUUUCUUCGAACCCACUUUUAUUAAUCUAAAACCCACCAACUGAAUACCAAGCGAUAUGGAGCAACAACAUUCCACAUCAGAGAGGAGACCAGGCAGCCGGAGUGUAAUGGAAGCUUUAUAUAUAUAUAUAUAUAUCUCUAUAUACACAUGUACAAUGUGGGUUCAGUCUCUCAUUCAAUCAUCUGUUUAUUUCUUUUUCUUUUGUUGUAUAUUUCAUUACCUUUUCCACCACUUUUAAAUGAUGUGCUUUUAAAAAAAAUCUGUAAUAUCAGGAACCAGACACAUUUUGCCAGCCUGGCAAGAUGUUAAGAAAGUUUUUUUCAGGGUUGUGCAUUUUAUCUGUGCUGUGAUCUUUUUUUUUUUUUUUUUUUUUUUUGUGCUUCUUUUUAUUACAAAUUGUAAAUAUUUUUGUUUUGGGGUUUUUUUGUGUUUUUUUUUUUUGCCUAGUUUGUAUGAGAAGUUUAAAAAAAAAAAACGGUAAUGAUUGAAAGGAACCAUGGCUUCUUAGCAGGAAGCGUGGUAGCUGAUUAUAUUGUUAGACUGUACAUGUCAGUAGAGUCACUGUCAAGCAGUUAAACUGAAGCAGCAGAUAAAUUACAGCAAGUUUUUUGUCUUUUGUUCCCACUAUCAAACCUGUAACCUAAACUCCAUAGACCUACAAUAAACAACUCGUUGGCUUUUUUACAUUCUUCCUGGCUUAUGACUUUUGAUUCAGUUCAAAGGUGUGUAAAAGACCUUUGAAUGGGCGAUGGCCUCGUUUGCUACUUCAAACAAUACGGACAUCAGCCCCCCUUACAAGCCCCAGUUGACACCUCAUUAGUUAAGUAUUCCGUCCCAGUGUCCUGUCUUUGAUAUGUCCCAUCCAGUCCUUUAACUCCUCUAAUGCACAUUGUUUUGAGAAAAUAUUUUGGCCAAGCCAUUUUAAGGAUAUAAGUAAGCCAUUUUUAGUACUACUUUAUGCCUUUUAAUUCAUUUUAUCUUUAAUUUAUAGUAAAUGUAGGGCACUGACUAUGCUGGAUUCUCAGGAGAGAGUGUGGUUCCUAGGUUAUCAGUGGUUCCUUUAGUGCAGUAGACUUCUGAAGAACACCUAGCAUUGACCAGUGCAGUUUAAACAACAAAUCCCAAACCACCACAUAAUUUUCCUUUUUUUUGUGCAUGUGUAUUUUAACACAACCGUUUCAAUUUUGAACCAAUUUCCGAUGACGCUAGUUCAGCACAAAGUGGUGGGGUUGCUCAUUUUCACCAGCAAACCUAAAGGGCUACACAGUGUCACGACAACAUCCACACAACCAACAGUUCAUGAAAACCUUUUCAGAUGGAUGAGAAGGAAGCAGACAGUAACUACUUUUUUUUUUUUUUUAAAUUCCAACUUAAAGGCAUUAUUAUGUCGUUUCAAAGCACUCCAGAGUUUGUGGUGGUGACUGUGCGGCCCAGCAAUAAUGGCAGCUCAUUCAGACAGCUCAUAAAGUGUCCUGCCACAUUAUCCUGGCAGAGGACGCCCAAUUUGUGUUGCAACACUGGAACAACAACAUCCGAGCUGGAAAACAAACUAUUACAGUAAAAUUCGGUGGUGUGUGUCCAUUGUUUUUUUUUUUUGUUUGUUUUUUUUAAACUGCCCUUAUUGAUAUUUAACAAACUUGUAAAUACUUCACCACUAUUUCAACCAUGCACGAAUGUUCAUUAAUUAAUUGACUUAACUGUAUUGUGAUUAAGAAAGUGUUAGUUUGCCAGAGUACUGCUGUGUGAUGAAUUGUCGAUUCUAUUUAAAUGUCUGGAGAGUUUGUGCCCUCCUGUUUUAUUGUACUGGAUACAUAAAUCUAGCAGAAUGCAAGCUUUGACUUUCCAGUAUAAUCUAUAAUACAACAGACACUAUAUUUUUAUCGCUUUAUGUUGCAGGUUGUAUAUCAGGUCUUUUAUUAUUAAACCAACAGUGCAAAAGCUUUGAGACUUUUUGAGAUUUGUUGUCUUUUCUAUCUGACGGUUUUUUGAUAUUUGUGUUUAAAAAAUUUGGGAUUGUAUUUUCUUUUUUAAUUUGCCUCAACUCUAUUAAAGUUAAAGAAGCUGGUA